UAUAAAUAAAUUUAAUGUUGCCUUUCCAGAAUUGAUUAGAUAUUUGUUAUUCUAAUAAAUAGAACCAAUAAUGGCAAUGUCAAACAAGAAAAUUUCUUCUGUUAUUAACAGUGACAGCUUCUUAGGAGACAAGGGUCCCACAGAAGCUUCAUUGCUUCAGGCUGUCUUACCCAUUGUGCUCCUCCUUAUUCUCACACCCGUGGGGCUCUUCCUUUUUGGGAAGUCUUACAUUUUUGUGGGUGUGCUGGGUCUCACUGAGACGCUGGCCAAUGUUUGGGCGGCUGUUGCUGCGGUGCUGUUGCUACAUGUCCUGCUUGGUGUCUUCAUAUAUAGAGCAGUCAAGUCGGGGGAAAAGAAACCUGACAAAUUAGACUAAAUAUUCUAAAAUAUUAUUUUCCAUUCCAUUUUGUUAUAGCUAUAUACGCAUAUAAUUGGUGUGAAUAGAUGUACAUUUGUGAUA